CGCAGUGCCAUUCUAGCUAGUUGCGUAAGCAUCAGUUAUAUGCUAAUUUUGCCUGUUUCAUAAUUUUUUCUAGAAAUGAAUGGAAAUAGACUUUACUAACUUUAAUUCACGUGCUAGUCUUUUAAAAUUUGAUGGUAAUAGUUUUCAACGUCUCGUUUUAGUACAAAAUGGUUCUUUGCAUCAGAAGGAUACAGUUCAUGACAAUGACUUUGAGCCCUACCUUUCUGGACAGUCAAAUCAGAUUGAGGAUUGCCGUGCUGUCCGCCCAGCCAGACUGCUAAGUAACAGUUACCCCUCAAUGAGCGACCCCUACCUAUCCAGCUAUUACCCGCCGUCCAUUGGAUUUCCUUACUCCCUCAAUGAGGCACCGUGGUCCACUGCAGGGGACCCUCCGAUUCCAUACCUCACCACCUAUGGACAGCUCAGUAAUGGAGACCAUCACUUCAUGCAUGAUGCUGUUUUUGGGCAACCUGGGGGCCUGGGGAACAACAUCUAUCAGCACAGGUUUAACUUUUUCCCUGAAAAUCCAGCAUUCUCGGCAUGGGGGACAAGUGGGUCCCAAGGGCAGCAGACUCAGAGCUCUGCAUACGGCAGCAGCUACACCUACCCGCCAAGCUCCCUGGGCGGCACAGUCGUGGAUGGGCAGACGGGCUUUCACAGCGACACCCUCAGCAAGGCCCCCGGGAUGAACAGCCUGGAGCAGGGCAUGGUCGGCCUAAAGAUCGGGGACGUCAGCUCCUCUGCCGUUAAGACAGUGGGCUCUGUCGUCAGCAGUGUGGCACUGACUGGCGUCCUUUCCGGCAAUGGUGGUACAAAUGUGAACAUGCCGGUUUCAAAGCCGACCUCGUGGGCCGCCAUUGCCAGCAAGCCUGCAAAACCACAACCUAAAAUGAAAACGAAGAGCGGGCCUGUCCUGGGGGCUGCACUGCCCCCUCCACCCAUAAAGCAUAACAUGGACAUUGGCACCUGGGAUAACAAGGGGCCCCUGCCGAAGGCCCCAGCCCCUCAGCAGGCCCCGGCCCCUCAGUCUGCCCCGCAGCCCCAGCCGGUGGCACUGCCUCUUCAGGCGCAGCCUCCCCCUCUGGCCCAGCCACAGUACCAGAGCCCUCAGCAGCCACCCCAGACCCGCUGGGUUGCCCCUCGCAACAGGAAUGCGGCGUUUUUGCAGAGUGGAAGUGCCAGCAGUGACAGUAAGUCUCCCGGAAGUGCUCAGCCCACUUCUGCCCCAAGUGUAGAGUCCCACCCUGUCCUGGAAAAACUGAAAGCCGCGCACAGCUACAACCCCAAGGAGUUUGACUGGAAUCUGAAGAGUGGGCGUGUGUUCAUCAUCAAGAGCUACUCGGAGGACGACAUCCACCGCUCCAUCAAGUACUCCAUCUGGUGCAGCACGGAGCAUGGUAAUAAGCGCCUGGACGGCGCCUUCCGCUCCAUGGGCAGCAAGGGGCCCGUCUACCUGCUCUUCAGCGUCAACGGGAGCGGGCACUUCUGUGGGGUGGCCGAGAUGAAGUCCCCCGUGGACUACGGCACCAGUGCUGGGGUCUGGUCUCAGGACAAGUGGAAGGGAAAGUUCGAUGUGAAGUGGAUUUUUGUCAAGGAUGUGCCCAAUAACCAGCUCCGGCACAUCAGACUGGAGAAUAACGAUAAUAAACCGGUCACAAACUCCCGCGACACACAGGAGGUGCCAUUAGAAAAAGCAAAACAAGUGCUGAAAAUUAUCGCUUCCUACAAGCACACAACCUCCAUCUUUGAUGACUUUUCUCACUAUGAAAAGCGCCAGGAGGAGGAGGAGGUGGUGCGCAAGGAACGGCAGAAUCGAAACAAGCAAUGAGGACAAACCAGCUUCUUACGUGUUCUAACACUUGACUUUGAAAAACAGUUUAAAGCCGUGUGCUUGGUCAGCUCCAGCGUGUCGUCCUGUGCAGGGCUUGAGUGCUGCAUUGUCACCUCUAUGUGGGUUUUUUUUUUUUUUUGCCUGGAUGGGUCUGCAUUUGUUUGUACUUUUUCUAUGUUUAUUAUAAUAUUGUAGAACUCACUAAUAAAGGAUAUUUUUUUUGUCAGCUUAUCAAUCAGACUGACCUAAUGUAAAAAUACAAGUAUUCUUCAAAACAAAACAAAGCAAAACAAUCCUAAUAUGUCCCAAAGAUUGUGUUUUGGCAGAAAUUAUGUUCUUGAAUCUGCAGUCGUUCAAUAUCUCCAUGUGAGACUUCACAUUUCUCACCCCUUUAUUGUUUUAUAGGAACAUAAGAAACCAUGAAUGCUGUCAUUUAGAAUGUUCUGUUAAAAUCUUUUCAAAAUGUUAAAUUCAAAAGGUUAUUGGUCACCUUGUUCAGCUGGUUUGACAUUUUUAUCUGUCUACAAUGCUAAUUUUCUCCUUUUAUUUUUCUGCUAGACAGAAAGAUAAAUUUUACUUUUUCUAAUUUGGUGGACAUGUUUCCUUGGAAAAUCUGUCCUUUCACAAUCUGUGGCCCCCCCCCCAAGGGCUGCUCCGUGGCUCGUGGUCCUGUCGUCUGAUCCAGCCAGAUGGGGAUGGAGCUCGACUGGCCGAGGGUUUGUUUUAGUUCUGGUCCAGUGUCCAGGCAUUCUUAGUUUUUGCGGAUCAUUUUUAAUCUCCCCUUUUCUCCCCUGGAGAACCCUAAUGCUGUCUUAAGUUUUGAUACAGUGAUGCUGAGCUUUAAGUGUAGGAUCUGGUAGUACAGUGUGAUGGGUGAUGCCGCUGAUUGUAAAUUUCACUGUGUGUCUAAUUUUUUUUUCCUGUUAAAUGGGUAAACACAAAAAACCUUUUUGAAAAUGAAUUUGCUGUCAUGUUUUGGGGAACGAGGGACCGUUGAACUUGCCACCACCUGGAGUUUGAGUUGAAGCAUGAAAAUGGUGCUCAUGCCUGACGCCCCAGCGCCCAAAUCUGCACGUGCCCUUGUAGAGGACCCUUCCUGUCUUAGAGAGCAGACGCCUUCUGAAAAUACUUACUCCACAAGACCCUCUGAGUUCAAGUGCAAGCUGUAUCAUUUAGACUUGUAUCUAGAACAUGUCACUUCCUCUGAACUGUCACUGCCUGUAUGGAGUCCUGGACGACAUCGGGUUCCUUCCUCUAGGAGAAUACAAGCCUUAAUAAACAACACCUAUUUAGCAAGA